AGGAUGAAGAGGUUAUUGAUGUCACACGUUCCCUUGGUAUAUGGAUUAACAUUAGAGUUGCCAAAGGUGUCCAGUUUUCAACCAUAAUCCCCUGUUGAAGGGGACCCUGGCGGCUUUGGGCAGCACCGCUGACUAGGUCUUUGAAAGUCCGGUUGGUGAAGUAGCGGGGUUAAGGCAGUGCUCCCCAUAGCUCCUGGAAGCGGCUGCGAGGUCCCUGCGGCCCCUACAUGCAGGGAGAUACCACAUGCUGCCUCCACCCCGAGUGGUGGCCUCGCAACUUCCAUUGGUUGGGAACCACGACCAAUGGGAACUGCAGAGCUGGCACUGGUGGAGAGGGCAGCACGCUGAGCCUCCCUGGCCUCCCAUGCACCUAAGGGCUGCAGGGACCUGGCAGCCACUUUCUGGGAGCCGCCGGGACCCCACACCACCUUCUGCACCCCAACCCCCUGCCCCAGCCCAAAGUCCCCUCUCACACCCAAUCUCCCUCCCAGAGCCUGCUCCCCUGUGCCCCAGCCCAGAGCCCCCUCCUGCACCCGAAACCCCUCAUUCCUGGCUCGAGCCCAGAGCCCACACCCAACCAGAGUCCUCACCUCCCUUCCGCACCCCAACUCCUGCCCCAGCCUGGUGAAAGUGAAUGAGGGUGGAGUGAUGGAGUGAGGGGGGCAGGGACAGCACUUGGGGAAAGGGAAGGUGUAGGGCCUCAGGGAAGGUGUGGGGCAGGGGUGUUUGGUUUGUGUGAUCAGAAAGUUGGCAACCCUAAUUAACAUCAACCUUGUUUUGCAGUAAAACUGUGGUCCAUGCAUGGCAGAAUCACCAUGCAAGCAUUCAGUUUUGACCAACAUUUCAAGACCUAUCAAAAGGAUGAAUUUGUUAAGGCAUUUUUUAAUGAUCCAAAUGUUACUGCCAAUUUGAAAUUGCUUACAGCUUCUGGACAGUGGACUACACUAGGUACCAAAGUGAAAAAAAUUGAAGCCAUAGUUGUUCCCUGUACACAAGUUUCCAUGUCAUUUUUUGACCGACUGUACUCUGAAGAAGUUGUUAGAGAAACUGGCCAUAUUGUUAAGUGUUAUGAUGACUAUUAUGAUGGCAUUCCCAUCUCAGAUGAGUUAAGAAAGGUUUUGCUUCUGGAAGAUUCUGACCAUUUUGAUUUAUUCAGCCAGUCAAAUCGUGAGGAGUUUCUCUUCUGUCUUUUUAAGCAUCUUUGUCUUGGAGGAACUCUCUGUCAAUUUGAAGAUGUGCUUGGUCCAUACUUAGAAACUACAAAGGCUUUAUAUAAAGAUCUUGUAAGUGUUCAAAAGGAUCCUGUAACAAAGGAAAUAAUUAUUACAUCAACUGUCUUCAAAGUUUCUGCAUAUGAUGAAAACGGUAUGUGCUAUCCUUCAACCAAAAGCCAUGAACAGACAUUUGCCUACUUGAUUGUGGAUCCUCUGAAACGACAUGUUCAUGUUUUGUACCAUUCUUUUGGUGGGAGCUUAUUUUUUAACUAAUUAUUCUUAAUGUCCAAUUCUACGUAUUAGCAGUAUAAUGGAAUGGAGGAGCUCGUCUUUCUAUAUGGAAUUAAUUAAAAAUUCCAUAGUUCCAUUCCCUUCAAUGAAAUACACAUUGCCUGGCUAUGCAAAAAUGUGAACUGUGAUAUACAUUUUCCAUAGUUUUUGUUGAAUUAUUAAGAAGGAAUGUUUUCUGUUCACAGAUAAAUCAUAAUUUUAUACAAAAUGUUUACAAAGUCUUUGCUCUUGCUAAAUUGAUUUUAAUUGUAAGAUUCAGAUCCUGCAAACACUGAUGCUUGUACAUACUUUUUACUUAUGGAUAUAGCUGCCUAAGCCUCCCUUGAAGGCAAUGGAACUAAUCAUACAUAAAUCUUUACAGGAUUGGGGCCAUAGUGAGUGCAUCAGACUGUCUGAAUAUGACUUACAUUAACUUGCAUGGAAUUCUUACAAGGGUCCAUGAAUCUUGCUCUUUCAACCCCCUAUAUUUUGUUACCUGUUGUGUUUCAAAAGCCUCAAUAAAUAUAUUAAAACUGU